CAAUGGAGGACUCAAUUGAGAUGAUUCUGCAGGACUACGGCAGGGUCCUUCCUACCACCAGAACCCAUCCUUUGGUGUCAGCCUGCACAGGUGCUCUGAUCACAGGCCUGUAUGGGGUAUGGAGCGUGUUUGCCAUGCCUGGCUUUCGCAAAAUCCCAGUGAGACUUAAGGUUCCUUAUUUGCCCUCCAGUAAAGAUCAGACACGGAAUACUAUGAAGCUGCUUGAGGGACGAACCGGUCGCUUAGCAGAUUUGGGAUCAGGAGAUGGAAGACUGGUGUUUGCAGCCUCUUCUGCUGGUUUCCACUGCACAGGGUUUGAGAUCAACUCCAUCUUACUGGUAUAUACCAGGUGCAAGGCCAAGUGGAGAGGUCUGCCUGCAAGCCAAGCAACCUUUGUUAAAAAAGACUUUUGGAAGACUGACUUUUCAAAGUACAACAAUGUUACAGCUUUUCUUGCCCCAGGAGUGAUUGAGACACUUGGUGAGAAGCUGGUGAAGGAGCUUCCUGAUGAUGCAAGCGUCAUCGCUUGUCGUUUUCCUUUCUCCGACUGGCCACACCAAUUGUCUGCCGGCUCUGGUCUUGACCAGACUUGGGCCUAUGACAUGAGCACUGUUCGCUCAAGCUUGAGAAAUGUGUCGAGCACAGCGGUGUAGUGAUGUAGUAAGUCACAGUCUCUGAGUUAUUUUGUUCCACAGAUGUUUCAUUGUCAACAGCUUUCAACCCUCCAGACACUUUAAUGAUUUUCUACAUCAGAUUAGGUUUGUACCUAAACUGUAAAAUGCACAUUUUUUAAGCAGAUAAUCUUGGGCUCAGUGAGGACAAAAAUGUGCAAUUCCAGGAAAUUAUCAGGACUGAUGAUUUUGAAAGAUGUCUUUGAAGAUUGCAAGGAUGAGAGGGACUCUGACUAAGCAAGAUGUCGGAAUGAUUUUGACGUCUCUUAGCCCCUGCAGUAGUUGUACAAUCUCUGCUCCGCCAGCACAGACUGAGCCUUUUCCAUAUUGCUGACAAUCAUGUUGUGAAUACCAUCAUGCACUGCUAUCUUGAACAUGACUUUUCCUGUAAUAAUUUUUCAAACCACUGUUAGACUACAAAUUAUUUGUAUCAAUUAUUAUUAUCAACCUUUCAGUUCAAUGUAUUGUAUGUGUUCUGUCUUUUUGUCUGUUUAUUCGCAGUAAAUCUUGCAACUGCUGGAAAAAUGAGCCAUAAAUCAACACGUAUUUAAUACAAGGAUUUAUGAACAUAGUGAGAUGUGAUAUUUAGAAUUUUAUUUCCUUUUCUCUUUUACUGCUGUGUCCCACAUUUGC